AUGUCGCUCCACAACCAGCGCAAGUACAAAUGUGGGGACUUAGUGUUUGCAAAGCUUAAGGGCUUCAUGCAUUGGCCUGCCCGAAUAGAACAGACAAAUGGGUCCAACAGAUACCAAGUCUUUUUUUUUGGGACCCAUGAGACGGCAUUCUUGGGCUCCAAAAACCUUUUCCCAUAUGAAGAGUACAAGGAGAAGUUUGGCAGACCCAACAAGAGGAGAGGCUUCAGUGAGGGGCUGUGGGAGAUCGAGAACAACCCCACUAUCAAGGCUUCUGACUGCCAUUUCUCCCAAGAAAAGAGCUGCGGGGACAAGCCCCAGCCUAUGGCUACCGAGGGAGCCGGAGAUAAGAAGAGGCCCACCGACGGCAGCGGUGACCAAGAGGGAAAGCUAACCCUCAGGGAGCCAGCCAAGGAGGAGAAGGAGAAGUGUACGCUGAAGGGGAGCGCUGGAGACCUGCUGGAGACCUCCCCCAAACGUCCCAAGGAGGCCGAGCCCAAAAGAGAGGAGAAGGAAGAGGCCAGGGUCGGCGAUGAGAUGCCUCUCCUGGUGGAGGAGGAGGACAACAGCGACCCCUCGGAGCUCCGCGCGGUAUGCCGCCCCCCCGAAGAGGAGCAGAAGCCUGAGGAAGUGGAAGAAACGCCUGAGAAGGAGGCUGAGACCCCAGGGGUCAGAGGUCAGGAGAGUCCAUAG